AUGGGCUUCCCGCCGGCCGCCGCCUCUAUCCUCCUGGGGCUCCUUCUGCAGGGCCUCCUGGAGCCGCUGCGCGGGGAACUGGUCUUCAUCCCUCCGGUCAUCCGCAUGUCCAGCACCGAGGUCAGCGCCAGCCUGCUUGGAGGCACCGAGGACGUGACCGUGUCCCUGGCCCUGCUGCAGGACGCGGCGGGAGUGCUGUCCGUUCCCACUUGUGGCGUGCCCAGCAAUGAGACAGGAGGCUGGAGUUUGACUGUGACCCCCAGCAUGAACACGUUGGAAGUGACGGUGCGGCUGGAGAGGGCCACGGACUGGUGUGCCUCCAACGGGACGGAUUCCUUCCCGGGGUCCCCGUGCCUCGUGCAGACGCUGCUGGUGUCGGCGUCUCACCACGCUUCCUGCUCAGCUCAUUUACUCAUUCAGGCGGAGAUUUAUGCCAACUCCUCCCUGGCCCAUAAUGCAUCAGAGAACACGACAGUUAUUCCCAACCAGGUCUACCAGCCCCUCGGCCCUUGUCCCUGUAACUUGACAGCGGGGGCCUGUGACAUCCGCUGCUGUUGUGACCAGGAAUGCUCACCCAACACCACAGAGCUGUUCAGACAGUCCUGCUUCCCCGGUGUGUUUGGAGGUGAUGUCAACCCCCCUUUUGACCAGCUCUGCUCAACUCUGCAGACAGUGCGCCGCCCUGACUGGUUCCCCUUCCUGUGCGUGCAGUCCCCCCUUGAGAACUCACCUUUCCUUGGUUACUUCUACCACGGCGCCACCUCUCCUAAACAAGACUCCUCUUUUGAAAUACCUUUGCACGCUGAUCUCAAAGACUCUUCCAAAAUUGGCUACAAACAAGGAGAUCCCAUCAUGACUGCAGAUAAGGAGUAUUUUACUAUCCCGCAGGUGUCCCUGGCAGGUCAGUGCGUGCAGCACGCCCCGGUGGCCUUCCUUCGGAAUCUGGACGUCCAGUGCAUUACGAAUCUGGAAGCCUAUGAAGAUCGAGAUAACAUUCUUAACGUGGAGAUCAAAGAUGGCACAAUUGGAGGAGUAGUUAGAGCCACAGUCACCUACGAGGAAGCAGCUGACCUGGACAGAUUCAUCACAAUUACAGAAGCUCUUCCCAACCUGUCGGUCCCUCGGCUCAUCAACGUGGAAGAGCAUUUUGUCUUCAGGUGGAACAAUAACACGCUCAGUGACGUGACUGUCAGAGUGAUCCGGGCUCGCGCUCCUGCCACCAAGGAAGGAAGACUGACGCGGAGAUUUACAGUCAAAUUCCUCAGCUGGAGCAGUGAGGAUGAGAGGGAGUUCUCUGGAAACCCAGGGUACCAGCGUGGCAAGCCCGUGCGAGCGCUGGACGCCGACCAGAUGAACGCUCCCUCCACCCUGUACCUCUGGCGAUCCGCCGGGAGGGGUUUGUGUUCAGCAGCCACUUUCACACCCGUUUUGUUUGAAGAGAACGCGCUGUCUGGGUGCCUGUUGGAAGUCAGCGUGAACGACAAUUGCACUCAGCUCAGGGAGACUGCUUUGGAGCGACUUGGCUCAUUAAUACAAGCAACCCACGUCGCCAGGAGAGGCAAUUCUGAUUACGGCGACCUUAGCGACGGCUGGCUCGGAGUGAUCCGUGUGGACGCACCUGAUAUGGGUACAUUUGCCAGCAGCAUACCGGGGUUCUGCGCGGAUGUCCCUGCCCAGCUCACCCUCCGCAUCUUCGUCUCUGAGGCCGGCGCGGUGGAAGGCAUCCCUCAGCAGGAGAUCCUUGGCAUGGAGGCAAGGUUCUCCUCAGUGAACUGGCACUUCCAUUGUGGGCUGACCUGCGUGGACAAGGUCGACCUCUUCCCACUCAGCGCAUCAGUCCAGUUCAUUAAAAUACCUGCCCAGCGGCCCCGCCCCCUGACCAGAUUCCAGAUCAAUUUUACGGAGUACGACUGUAACAGAAAUGACGUGUGUUGGCCGCAGCUUCUGUAUCCACUGACGGGAUAUUACCAAGGGGAGCCUUAUUCUCAGUGCCUGGCCAAAGGGCUAAUCCUGGUGGCCUUGCUCCUCUCCGCUCUGCUGCUCAGUGAUCCCUGGAUGAGGUUGUGCAAAGCGCGGAAUCCGCCCGCCCGCUGA